AAGGAAGGAAGGAAGGAAGGAAGGAGAGACCCAGGGCGCAUUGUGGGGAUCCCCCGACCCAUCGGCUCCUCCUCCUCCCGCUCUUCCCUCUCUUCUCCUCCUUCCUCCCCCUCCUCUUCCUCGCCGGCGCCGUUUUCAAGGAAGGAAGGGAGGAAGGCAGAGAGAGAGAGUGAAGAGGAGAGGAAGAAGGCGCUUGGAUGGGGGGCCCGGGCCAGUGCUGGAGGAGGAGAAGGAAAGGGAGAUGAGGCUGCCGGUCUCCUCCUCUUCAUCCUCUUCUCCUCCCUCUCCCUCCUCUUCCUCCUCCUCCUCGGUGGGGAGCCGAAGGCGGCGGAUGGCGGCGGCGGCCUCGGCGGGCUGCGGCUUCUUGCUCUGCUGCAGAGGGCCCCGCACUCGCUUGCCGGUGGGCGCCGGCGCCUUGGGCUUCUUCUUUGUCCUCUGCUGGCUCUACGUCUUCCCCGUCUACCGCCUGCCCGGAGAGAAGGAGAUCGUGCGCGGAGUCAAGCUCCAGCAGAAGGGCCGAGCCUGGCGGAGGGACCCCCACGCCGCCAUCGCCUUCAGGAAACUGCUAAAAGAGUGCUGUGACCCUGGUCAGCUCUUUGCAAUGACAAAGGAGAACUCUCCGGUGGGAAAGAACCUCUGGUAUGACGGUGAAUUUCUGUACUCCUUCACCAUUGACAAUGAAACUUUCUCACUUUUCCCAAAGGCAACUCCUUUCCAGCUGCCCCUGAAAAAAUGCUCUGUGGUUGGGAACGGUGGGAUUUUGAAGAAGAGUAACUGUGGCAGACAAAUAGAUCAAGCGGACUUUGUCAUGCGAUGCAACCUUCCUCCCCUCACCAGUGAGUACAGCAAAGAUGUUGGGUCCAAAACUCAGCUGGUAACCGCAAAUCCUAGCAUCAUUAAGAAAAGGUUCCAGAAUCUUCUUUGGUCCCGGAAAGCGUUUGUAGACAGUGUCAAAGUCUACAACCAGAGCUACAUAUAUAUGCCAGCCUUUUCCAUGAAAGCGGGGACAGAGCCCUCUCUCCGGGUCUAUUAUACUCUAGCGGACGUUGGUGCCAAGCAAACGGUGAUCUUUGCCAACCCAAACUUCCUGCGUGACAUUGGAAAGUUUUGGAAGAGCAAAGGCAUUCACGGGAAGCGUUUGUCAACGGGCCUCUUCCUGGUCAGCGCAGCCUUGGGUAUGUGCGAAGAGGUAACCAUUUAUGGUUUUUGGCCUUUCUCGAUGGACCUGCAUGGAAACUUCAUCAGUCAUCAUUAUUACGACAACGUCUUGCCCGAUUCAGGCUUCCAUGCCAUGCCGGAGGAAUUUCUACAACUGUGGUUCCUCCACAAAAGCGGGGUAUUGCGAAUGCAGCUGGAACGCUGUGAAGACUCUCUAUUCCAUCCUGCAUCUUGAGAACUUCAGAGAAGGUCUGAAGGAGCUUGUUUCUUUCAUGUGAUACGGGGGGCAGAAAAACCCAAUCUGGAAGAGGAGAUGGAGAAAGAAAUAGCCAAACCCAGAGUUGCAUGUCCAGUACGAAAAUUGUGCCAUUGACAACUUGAAGGUUCAUUGAAGAAUUAAAGAGUCCU